GACCCAGGAGCGCUGACUCUGGACCUGGAAUCCCUCGACACCUACAUCCAGAACACGCUCUCUGACCUCUACCCGCCCUUUGAGGCCACGGCAGCUACCGUGCUCUGGCAGGUGUUCAGCGUGGCUGAGAGGCUCCAUGGAGGCGACGGGCUGCGCUGCCUCACUGACUUCCUCAUCCCCGCCACAAGGGCUCUACAGCACCUGCAGCAGGAGGCCUGUGCCAGGUACACAGGUCUCAUCUUCUUCCACGAAGGCUGGCCACUGUGCAUCCAUGGGAAGGUGGUGGUGCAGUUGGCAUCCCUCCGCGGAGUCAGGCUCAGGCCCGGGGACUUCUACCUGCAGGUCACAUCAGUGGGGAAGCAGUCAGCCAGACUGGUCUUAAAAUGCCUCUCUCGGCUGGGACGAGGCUCAGAGGAAGUCGCAGUGCCUGAGGCCAUGUACGGCUGUGUCUUCACAGGAGAGUUCCUGGACCGGGUGAACAGGGAACGCAACAGUGUCCUCUUGAAAAACUGCUUGCUGACCUCAGGCUCUGCUGUCUACCGCACCCCAUGGAGCAACGUCACCGUCCCUGUGUUUGUACCUACCAGCGGAAGAGUCCUGCCCAGCUGCUCCAGCCAUCCUGGGCCUGAGCAGCCGCCCAGCACCUCCUCGGAGGCGCCGGCCCCAGCCCCAGCCAUGGCCAGCCCCCAUCCAUGGGGGAGCACCCCUUCCAGCGACACUCCAGUCCUGCCUCCCUGCGGUGGGCAUAUUGGCAGUGACCAGCCCAGCCACCUUCCUUACCUGAGAAGAGCUGAGUGCGAAAGCGCCGGGACGCUGCCCAGGAGCUCUGAUGUCAGCCUGUGGGAGCCCCUUGAGGGCCCUGAACAACCCGGAGGGAGACUGGACCCCGUGGACAAGAAGGAUGGCCCCCAGGCCCUCACCUCUCCCGAGGACACAGGCAGCCCGAGCUCCAGAAGGCGGCUGCCUGGGGCCCCUGGCGGCGUGGAGGCCAGACGCUGGUUCCGGAAGUCCUACAUGGAGGCCCUUCAGAACCCCAUGCCGCUGGGCUCCAGCUCUGAGGAGUCCCUCGCGGAGCAGGCCUGCGGCGCCCAGAGCAAGGGGGCCGAGGCAGCGGCCGGCCGGACCCAGAGUGAAACCCCUGGCUCUCGAGGGGACCCCCAGGGAACCCGGAGUCAAGAAAGCUGUCCAGGAGCCACUGGGAGGACCCUUAUCAGGAGGUCUCAGUCCUGGGACAGAUCUGUCAGGAGCUUCCGGGGUGACGUCCGGCCGGCCUCCCCCCAUUCAGCCAGUGCUGGAUCUGGAGGUCUCUUAGGAGGACAAGCUGUGACGACCAGAAACUUGGGCUCCAGCCACCCCUCUGGCUGCACCAAAGAGGAAGCUGGUGUCAACACGGAUGGCUGCAGCUUCCGACGACACGACCCCAGCAAGUUUCCAGAUGUGCUUGCUGAGCUGCUGUGUGCUGAGGGAGAAGAGCAGCCACCCAACCCAGGAGCUGUGCCCAGCCAGGUGCCCAGGCAGGUGCUGGAUGUCCACCCAGAGCUGCUGCAGUCUGGGGCCGUCACCCUGCCAGGGACCCGAGACCGCCAAGGGAGAGCAGUAGUGCAGGUCUGCACGAGGGGCCCACUCUGGUCCAGCCAACACAUGUCCAGUGCCGAGCUGACCUGCCUGCUGAAAUACCUCCAUGGCAUUCCCAGGAAGGAGGUGCGGGACCUGGGGCUGGUCAUCCUGGUGGAUGCACGUAAGAGUCCGGCCAUCCCUGCCCUUUCUCAGGCCCUGACAGCUCUGCAGAACACAUCUACCCCCAUAAUUUAUACCAUUUUGCUGUUGGUGGAUAAAGAAUCGGCAUUUAGGCCUGACAAGGAUGCAACAAUUCAGUGUGAGGUGGUGGGCUCCCUGAAGGCCCUGCACAAGUUUGUUGACAGCUCUCAGCUGACUGCAGAACUCGAAGGCUCCUUUCCCUACAGCCACAGUGACUGGAUCUGCUUCCGUAGGAAACUGGAGCCCUUUACCAUAAACUGCCAGGACGCCAUUGCUCUCUUACAAAAUUUAGUCGGCUCCCUGAACACCCACAGGAUCCUAAGCACGGCACAGGAGGUCACAGAGUUAAUCAGUGAGCACAAGGCCAUAAUGAAGCGAGUCCUGGAAGACCCACUGCUGGUCUCCCUGCGCCUGGAAGGUGGCACUGUGCUGGCACAGCUAAGGAGGAAAGAGCAAGCGACCAGCGAAGACGGCCGAGACAGCAUUGAGGCUGCCUCCCGGCUGUACAACCAAGUGGAUGAAGCGGUCCAUAGGCUGGUCCUCACCUCCAACAGGUGUCUACAGGAGCUGGAGAGUCUCCGGGAACUGAGAACACUCCAGGAGGAAGGUGAACAGAUCAAAUCAUGGUUUGAAAAAGAGCAAGAGAAAUUCCUGAGCCCCUUGGAGCUGCUCUCUGUUGAGAACGGGAAGCUGCAGCAGCAGGAGCUGCAAGCCAGGCAGCCCAGGCCCACGCAGUGUUGUCAGAAAGGACCACAGCUGAUGGAAGAGAACAACUCGAAGGACACAGAGGAAAUAGUACGGGAUGUCGGGAGGUGUCUGAGCGCCACAGCUGGCCAGGCUGAGUGGAAGGAGGGAGAGCUGGCCCAGUGGGUCCUCCAGUCCCCGUUCUCCGAGCCGGUGAACAAGAGGACACUGCGUUGCAGUGAGUGCCUGGAACCCCUGGGCCCAGAGCUGGUUGCUGAGUAUUUGAAGAGCUGUCACCAGGAUGCCGUGGAGGUGUCUGCGAGCUUGGGGGUAUUGGGCCUGGGUGGCCAGCAGGCGCUGGAGCAGUGGCAUGCCUUGUGGCUCCAGUGCCAGCAGACCCGACUCUGCUCCCAGGAGGCCCUUUCUGAGGCUGCCUCGGGCCCCAGUGCCCUGCCUCCGGAGCAGAGACCCUUGAAGCUUGAGCUUGUCCAGGGGGCCGAGAUGAGGCACCGUGAGACAUCCUGGAUCCCCCCCACUGACCCCGAGGGCUGUGCUGGGGAGCGGACACAACUGCUAUCCAGCCUCCCCGGACAAGUCGCUCUGUGUGGGCAGGAGGGUGAGCACCUGGACCCAGGUGUGCAUACCCCAGACGACAGUUCCACCUGCUCCUCUGAGCCUGUCCAGACCCCCAUCAUCCACCACAGGAAACAUCCCCUGAAGAAAAUUAUGAAGAAAACACUAAGCUUUGAGAGUCCACAGCUUGACAGUAGCCCCAGGGACUCCCACCGGCCAGGCCACACUGGGGUCUUCAUCAAAGGCCUGGAGGUGACCAGCACCAUGGCCUCGGAGAAGAAGCCCCCACUGAGGCCACGUGCCGAAAGCCCCCUAGUCACUCGGAACCGGAGCCUGUCCUCUCCCUCCAGGAUCCACCCCUCUGAGGAGGAUAGAAGGAGGCCAGCAGGAAGCAGCCGCCUGCAGCACAUAAUGGCCGAGAUGAUCUCCACGGAGAGGGAGUAUGUUAGGUCCUUAGGAUAUGUCAUCGACAACUAUUUUCCAGAAAUGGAAAGAGUGGACCUGCCUCAGGACCUGCGAGGGAAGCGCGGCAUCAUUUUUGGGAACUUGGAGAAGCUCUACGACUUCCACCAGCAGCACUUCCUCGUGGAGCUGGAGCACUGCCGGCACUGCCCCUUGGCCGUGGGACGCGGGUUUCUGCGACAUGAAGAACAGUUUGGCAUGUACGCGCUCUACAGCAAGAACAAGCCCCAGUCGGACGCCCUGCUCUGCAGCCAUGGCCACGCCUUCUUCAAGGACAAGCAACAGGCCCUGGGUGACAAGAUGGACCUGGCCUCCUACCUGCUGAAGCCCGUGCAGCGCAUGGGCAAGUACGCACUGCUGCUCCAGGACUUGGUCAAGGAGGCCGAACACUGCCCUGCCCACGAGCAGGAGCUGGGUGAGGUGAAGGCCGCAGAAGACAUGGUCCGCUUCCAGCUGCGCCACGGCAACGAUCUGCUGGCCAUGGAUGCUGUCCGCGGCUGUGAUGUGAAUUUGAAGGAGCAGGGGCAGCUGAGAUGCCGGGAUGAGUUCAUCGUUUGCUGUGGAAGAAAGAAAUAUCUGAGGCACGUCUUCCUUUUCGAAGACCUCAUCCUGUUUAGCAAGACCAGAAAGGUGGACGGAGGCUACGACAUCUACACAUACAAGCAAUCCUUCAAGAUGGCUGAAAUCGGUUUGACAGAAUCCGUCGGGGACAGUGGUGUGAAGUUUGAGAUCUGGUUCCGCAGGCGGCGGAAAUCCCAGGACUCCUUCAUUCUCCAGGCGAGCUCUCCAGAAGUCAAGACCAUGUGGACUGACAUGAUUGGGAAGAUCCUGUGGCGGCAGGCUCUGAGGAACAGAGAACUCAGAAUGCAAGAAAUGGUGUCUAUGGGAUUAAGCAGCAAACUGUUCCUGGACAUUAAGCCCAGCGACGCAGCGAUAAGUGACCGGGCUGUCAAGUACCACAUGAACAGAACAGAGUCAAGAACCCAAGCACCCAUAGCUGUGCCCUCCCGUAACCACAGCACCCCCUUCAAGAGACCACACUCCACCAUCUCAGACAGCAGCACCUCCUCCUCCAGCAGCCAGUCCUCUGCUGCCCUGCAUGUGUCCUCCAGCCAAGCCCACUGGCCCUCGCCAUACGAUGUCCACGCCUGCAUCAAGGAGGACGAGCCGGAGCAGGAGACGGGGAGCCAGCCUCCGCUACGGUCCGAGAGCUUGGAGUCUUCCCAGUGCAUGUCAGGGGAGAGCAGCCCUGGCCAACCCGGGCUGUCACAGCCCCUCACCCCGGAACUGUUCUCCGAUAAGGGCCCCCAGAGCACAUCUUCCACCCUUCCCCUGAGGGAACUACAGCCACAGCUUGAUGGAGAUCAGUUCACCACGACCAACAAAACCCCUCAUGUCUUAGGCUUCUGGACAGCAGUUUGAGUCGCAAGCAAAACACCCCAUGCUUCCGCCUGUUGCAAAUCGUGAUUGCACAGCCAGACGUUGACAGCACUGCGCAAGGGGCGCAUUGGCCAAGCAGGGCUGCUCCCCUGCUCCUUCAUCUCCCUGACUAACCUCCUGGUAACCGGCAUAUUCAGGAGUCCAGCAUCAGCUAUUUCUGAGAGCUCAGGCCUUUUUCCAACAGGAGGGCCAGGCCCCUCAGCCCCUGGUGCAGAUAGUCACUCCCCAGAGGCCCAGCCAAGGCAGUGGACACCACCCACCCACUUCUGCCUCUGGGGUGCCCUAUCAGGAGUUCAAGGAGACCUGGUACCCUCUCCUUCUGAGAACGGCGCUCCCUGAUAUCUAGUCCCACCUGCCCAUGCCCUAUGGCUGGAGCUCGGCCAGUGGUUGUCUUCAGACAAGGCUGUGUCAUGGCCAGGGC